UCCUAAAAAGUAAAAAUCCGGGGGUGGAGCGCGCGAAACGUGUGAGGAAGACGCGCGAGACGCGGCUGCGCCGCACUGAAGAGCUGCGGCUCUAGGGGGCGCGCGCGUUCCCCAGCGGCACGGUGGCGCGUGGAGCCGUUUCGCAGCGCGGGCUUCUUCUCGCCGGAGGGCUUGGAGGCGGUAAACAGUUUUACAGGAAGCCACAAUGGCCACAGAAGGACAACCUACAGACUUGGUGAAAGUGCUACACUUGCUGGUGAUGUCCUUUGGUUGGGGCAUGCAGGUGUGGGUUACCUUUAUAGCAGGGUUCGUAUUGGUGUCUAAUGUGACUCGACACACCUUUGGCAAGGUGCAGAGCAAGUUGUUCCCCUUCUACUUCUAUUCUCUCCUGGGCAGCAAUGCCAUUAGCUUGGCAUUGUUUGCGGUUUACCACCCUAGGGAGCUGCUGGACUGGCAUGAGACCCUGCAGAUGAUCCUUUAUUUUAGUGCUGUCAUUCUGGUGGGCCUGAACGCUCAGUGGUUUGGUCCAGCUGUCACGGACUUCAUGCUGAAAAUGCAAGAGGUGGAGCGGGCCCAUGGCCUGGGAAGUGAGGUUGGGAUGGGCUCCAAAAAGGAGGGCUAUGCCAAGCUCCGGGAACGGAACCCCAAGUACAAGGCGGCGAGGGCCUCUUUUCUCCGUUACCACGGCCUGUCAUCCCUCUGCAACUUGCUGGCAUUCCUGUGUAGCACGGUGAACCUGGUGUACACUGCACUCCACCUCCGCACCAUAUAAACCAUCUCGCUCUAAGCAGAGCGCUUCCAUGCGCCAUUUCAUGUCAACUUCAGUAUGUCCUCUCUUUAGUUGCUAAUUUUGAUAAUUACAUCAGUUUAUACAAUAAUUGUUACAGUUGGUGUCUUUGUUAAACUUAAUGUACCAGUGUGUCCAUGUACACACGAGUGAAAGGCAGAAAUUAAUGCCUAAAUGUAGUUUUGAUUACUACCGUAUUCUUUGUAAGACAGAUGUUCUGUUAUUUUUCCAAUAAAGAAAAAUUUCUUCCUCUUGACAAAAGAAAGACACUAUUUUUGCACUUCUUAAUCCUGAGAGGAUAUAUUUUUAAAUGUUCCCCCCAACAGAGGGCACUUUCUGUGCAGAAAGUUAGCUUAAAUGCAAACCAUGUGCAAAUCUUAGUAGUGUAACACUGACUCCCAUAUCGCAAUACUACUUAUUAAAAGUAAUUAGUCAAAACUGACAUCU